AUGUCUUCCGAUGAAAACAUGAACGAAACCAUUUCCUCACUCUUGACUAUGAAAGAAACAACACCAACAAUGAAGCAUAUAUAUAAACGAAAAACAAAAACAAAUCAAAAAGGUAAGAAAACUAACAUUUCCGAUAAAGAUUCACCAACAAUGAGAGAAACACGAUCAAUGCAGAAAAAUCAAAAAGGUAAGAAGAUUUGUAUUUCUGAUAAAGACCCCACAACAAUGAUAGAAACAGAUUUGAAGAGGAAAAAUGCGAAAGAUAUACCACUGAAGCUGGGAUUUUAUAUUCUUCAAAAAUUUGAUUCUGAGAGAAUGCUGAUAGAUUUUGAAGGAAAGGAACUGAAAGUAACAUCACAGUCUGUUCAUGACAUGUUGGGCAUUCCAAUAAGUGGAACCAUACUUACACAACUUGAUCAAUGGCCUAAAGAUGAUACUAGUUAUGAUGAAUGGAAGCAACAGUUUCAAGAAGGAUCAAUCAUCCGAUUGAAUGCGAUCAAAAAAGUUAUCGUUAAUACCACAGAAGCUGAUUUCAAUUUCAAAUUGAACUUCUUAGUUCUUUUUGUCAACAAAUUUUGUGAGUCAACAUCAAUGGGAAGAUGCAACCUGUUUCCUUUGAGUUAUAUUUCAAGAAAAACAGAUAUCAGCAACAUAGAUUGGUGCAGCUAUGUUUUGGACUGUCUUGUCAAAACAAAGAACUCAUACAUACCAUACUCAGAUAACAGCUACUUUGUUGGACCUUCAGCUUUCUUGGUGUUGUUCUAUGCUGAUAACAUCCACUCAGAAGAUUUAACAAUAACAUGUAAACGUCCAACAAUUUGUUAUUGGAGUUCAGAGAAGAUUAGAUAUCGAGAGACAUUUGAACAAGAAGAAGGUAGAUUUGGACUUGAAGAAUUAAAUGAAGAAUUUGUUAAUGAACAAGAUGAAGGAGAUACAGAUCUUGAAGACAGUGAUUCUGAUAAAGAUGAAUAUCAUUAUGUUGAGGCAUAUGAAUCAAAAAUAUCUAAAAUGCUUAAUAGUUUUGAGAGGAUGAAGGAAAAGCUGAAUUCAAAUCUCAAUGAUGCGAUAACAAAGUUCCCUAAAAAGGAAAGUUUUAGGAUUUUCAAAGAAAAGAUGACAAAUAUAAUUGUUGGAGAAAAAACUGAAAGCACAACACUUUUUGAAUUUCCAAGUAAUGAAACUGGAGUUGAAGGUAUCAAUUUGACACCAAUAAUGGGUCAAAAAACAAAUGAUCAAAAAGAAAAUGAAGAUGAAGAAGAAAAUCAUGAAGAAGAAAAUGAUAAUGAUGGAAGUCAACCGGAAGUGGAUUACUUGCUUGAUUCAAAUGAAGCAGAGAAUGAAGCAAUAAAUAAUGAUGGAGAUAAGAAUAAAAAAAGAAAGUGA